GAGAGUGAGAGAAAGAGAGAAUUCCAACACAGCACAACACAACACAUUAGCAUGAAAGCCCACACAGAAAGACAAAAUUGGACAGAAAGCGGCGCAGCAGACAAUAUUCCUGUUAUUUAUCGACAAGAUGCAAAAGAAGAACGAAAAAUAGAAGCAAGUCUGACAAAAGAAUAUGAGGAUGACAAUGAAGACGAUCAUGAUCUGAACGGAUAUCAAAAAAUAUGCAAAGUUGGCGAAGGCGUUUACGGUGUUGUCUUUAAGGCGUGGACAAACAUUGGGCAUGAGCUAGUUGCCAUUAAACGCAUCCGUCUUGGGUAUAAUCAAGGCCUUUCCACAACUACCCUACGUGAGAUUGCAAUCUUAAAGGAAAUGAAGCAUCCAAACAUUGUAAAAUUGCUAAAUCUUAUACAAAAAGAUAAGACGAUUUAUUUAGUCUUUGAAUAUUUCGACAUUGAUUUGCGAAAGUAUAUGACAGAUGUAGGGCGAGCAGGUCUCUCCCUUGGACACAUCAAAUCGUUUACCCAUCAACUUCUUUCUGGAAUCAAUUAUUGUCAUAGUCAUCGUAUGCUUCAUCGAGACUUAAAACCCCAAAACAUAUUGAUUGACAUGACAGGAAGACUGACAAUAGCAGACUUUGGGCUCUCUCGUCCGUUUGGAGUUCCUAUGCGCGCUUAUACACAACAGGUUAUCACAUUAUGGUAUAGGGCACCAGAGAUAUUGAUGGCAUGUGGACAUUAUUCAACGGCAGUGGAUAUGUGGAGUGUGGGAUGCAUAUUUGCAGAAAUGUUUACACUUUCACCAUUAUUUGCUGGAGAUUCACAAAUUGAUCAGCUUUUCCGUAUAUUCAAAGUGCUUGGAACACCCAAUGAAGAACUGUGGCCGGGUGUAAGUACACUUCCAACAUACAAAGUAGCUUUUCCAGAUUGGGAACCUAUGGAUCUCCAAAAAGUCAUUAACAGUACUGAGGGUAUGGUGCAAAUGUCAGACCUUGCAUAUGAUUUACUCAAGACUUUACUGGCUUAUAAUCCUGCUGAGCGACUCUCGGCAUUAAAGGCCAAAGAACACCCUUUCUUCUAUGAUGAUAUCUCCCUGCUCAAACUAUAAACCCUGCGUAUAGUGGAGCUGAUGAAUACUUUCGCUUAUUUCUAGAGAAUUGUCCCAUACCAAAAAAAAGGUUGCUUUUCUUUAAAAAUUUGUUCGUUCAAAAUUACAUUUUGGUGGCAUUAAAAAAAAUAAAGACCACUUUUUAUAAAACG